CUGACUGACAUUUGAGCUGGCGCGAAAAUUAUUUACAGUUUGCGAACCAGUCAACGAUAUUUUCUUGACAACUUUUGGUGUUUUAUAAAGUAAAUACAGUCGGUAAAAUCUUAAAAAUGCCUAGAAAAAGAGUUAUGCCAAAAACUGUGACUUGGUUGAGUGAAGAAAUACAUGAACCACAAAGUUUAACGCCUUCAUUUCAUCAUUACGAGAAAUUUCAGUUUGAGAAUAUUAUUGGGGAAAUUGGUGAUUAUGUGCUUAUAUCUAAUGCUGACGCUGCCGAACCAGACACAGAAGCCGGUUGUGAUGCCGCCCGCAUCUUAUCUUUGUAUGAAGACCGCAGUAACACCACCGAUCCGUUUCGAGCUAAAGUGCAAUGGUACUCGAGGCCUGCCGAUUUGCCCAACUGGUGUUUCAGUAACAUGGAACCCAUUAGCUUUCAUGAAAAAGAGGUGAUAGAAGACCAUCGCCCCUUCAACCAAGAUGUAUCAAUAGAAACUUUCUUUAAGAAAUGUACAAUCACCCUCACAUACACAAAAGAUGUUGAUGAAACUAUCAUGGAGCCUUACCAUUACAUAUGUAGAUACCGUCUUUUGAACAUGAGUAGAAGAAAAGUCCAAAUAGAACCUGUCCUAGAACAAGAGAGGAGAGCCUUGGCCUUAUUAAGUACACCAAGUAAAACUCCAUCUAAAACAGUACCACCAAAAACACCAACUAGCUUAGUCAAAAGAAUGAGCAGAGUGUCUAUAUCAGAGAAGAACUGGAGUGUCACUAAAAAUGAUGGCACAAAACUACUCCUCAAAAGAGCCAUACUGGCUGACAAAAACGAAAAAGACUCACCGAAAAAAGUUACACCUAAAGCAACACCAACAAAGAAGGCAGCAACACCAAAAAGUUCUAAAAAACUAACCAACAGCAACAUAGAGGAUGUCUUAUCUAUGGAAUUAAAAGAAAAUUCAGAUGAUGAGAUCCCAACACUGAUUAUCAGGCAACAUGUACCGACUACACCAAAAAGAAAGCAGUCUAUAUCUAAAGCAGCCAAUGAGGAGACUCCUAAAAAGGUUUUAGUGUUUGAAGAUGAAGAGAUGAGUACUCCUACUAGAUCAAGUAGAGCCAAGACUAAUAUAAAUUAUCAGGAGCCUGAAGAAUCUCCUAAGAAAAGAACUCCAAGAAAGGUAAACCGUAAAACAUCUGAGAGUGAUGAUGACUUUAGACCAGCUCCUAGGACACCUAGAACACCAAAAACACCAAAGACACCUAGAACUAGGACUCCAGCACAAACUCCUAAGCGCAGUGUUACCAAAAGGAUACUGACUAGCCAACUUACACCAACAUUGCAUAACAGAGCUCAUUCUAUUGAUAACAUUGAUGAAUUCCUCAAACAAAACAAGUCUUUACCAGGCAGAGAGGGACAAAUGGAAGAAAUACUGUCAUUUGUUAGAACAAAACUGCUAGAUGGGACUAGUGGCUGUAUGUACAUAUCAGGAGUGCCAGGCACAGGGAAGACAGCAACAGUGUCGUCAGCUCUCAAAUACCUGAAGGAGGAAGCGGAUCUACCAGACUUCCAGCUGGUGGAAGUGAAUGGCAUGAGGAUAGCAGAACCUAGACAGGCAUAUGUGCAGAUAUACAAACAACUUACUGGUAAAUCGGUUGUAUGGGAACAGGCAUGCUCACUAUUAGAAAAGAGGUUCACUAAUCCAGGACCUAGGAGAACACCAACUGUCUUGCUGGUUGAUGAGCUCGACGCCUUAUGCACCCGGCGCCAAGACGUGCUGUACAGUAUAAUGGAGUGGGCGGCACACAACACUGCGCUGCUGACAGUACUAGCUGUCGCCAACACGAUGGACUUGCCCGAGAGAGCGCUGGCAGCUCGUGUAGCGUCCCGCCUCGGUCUCACGCGCCUUACCUUCCCGCCCUACACACAUACGCAGCUUCAGAAUAUCGUGGCUACGAGGCUCUCUGGCGCUAAUGUCACUGCAGAUGCUGUACAACUUAUUGCCAGAAAAGUGGCAGCGGUAUCAGGUGACGCUCGGCGCGCGCUUGCCCUAUGUUCCCGUGCGUUAGAACUGGCUGGACCAGACGGCGCAGGACUGAAGGAGGUGCAGCAAGCGCUUGGAGAAGCUGCCUCCAGUGCCGCUGUGAGAGCAAUAAGGAACUGCUCGCCUGCUGAAAGACUUAUGCUCAGAGCUGUUGCUGCUGAGGUGGAAAGAACAGGCUCAGACGAAACAACAUUAUCCCGUGCACUUCAAACAGCAGCGGCAAUAGUCGCCCUAGACGGUCGUCCGUACAAAACAGCGCCCUCUAUCCGUGCCCCCACGCCAUCGCAAGCACAGGCAAUAUGCACGAGACUGGCUGCACUAAGAUUAUUGUUGCUGGAACCGAAACCAGCUGAACCACGACUAUUAUUGAAUAUUAGCGCCGAUGAUGUCCAUUAUGCGACAAAGCAAAUUAUUGUUUGACGAAAUAGACUAUUUUUGAGGAAGAUCUUCCUGAUCGAGUGUUAAUUCCUGUUCUAUGAAAUGGAAUCUACAUAACUUGCCUUUGUCUACACAAAUUAAGUAUUUAUUAAACUUACAUACUAAUACUGAAUAAAGGUUCAACUUAAAAGUACAAAAUGAGCUAAACUCGAUAAAAAGUUGUAAAGUAAAAAAAAGUUCAAAUAAUUUUUAAGUACAAUUUUAAUGUAAUUGUUGACAUUGAUCUGUUGUUUGAAAUGACUGAUAGACUUAAGUUUUAUUUAAUAUGAUUAAUCAAAUAAAUUGUUGCAAUACA